AUGUCAUCCAGCACACAACUAUAUGAACAACUGUCCUUCCCCUCCCAAAUCAGCCCAUCCGAGCCAAUUGACUCGAAUAUCCUGCGAGAAGCUUUCGUACUCCACGGACAUUCCUUCCCUGACAAUCCAAAGCUCAACCUCAAGGUCACCGCCAAUCGUUACAGCUGGAGUACUUACCGUCACGGUCAUCCAAACGACCGGGUUGACGGAGGAGUAACUUUACUGCUGUUCCAUGGUAUUGGGUUCCACAAAGAACAGUGGGAACCCGUCGUUACCCGCCUUUUCCGUAUUUCCGAGUCAACAAAGCACGUGAACAUCCGGGAAGUAUGGGCAUUCGACAGGGAGAAUCACGGAGAUGCCGCUUUGUUGAAUCGGGAGGCGCUGAAGUUAUGGCCUGCUUGUCUUCCAAUCAACGAAUGGGCUCUCACCGUUGCAGACUUGGUCAAAUCCAAACUCCACGGACACCGUUUAGUCGCUAUCGGUCAUUCAGCGGGUGCGGGUGUAGCCAUGUUGACAACCAAAUACGCCUAUGAUGCCCACAUUCAUUUUACUGCCACUAUACUCAUCGAGCCCACCAUUUUCACUCGACAAAUCUUUCAAGAGACUUACGAUGCGCGAAUAGCUGGAAUUCGAAUGUCCCAGAAACUUACCCUUCGUGGGCGGGACGUUUGGGCAAGUAGAGAAGAUGCUUAUGCUGAUUUGAAGAACCGCAACCCGUGGUCGGCAUGGGAUGACAGAGUACUGAGGUUAUACACGCAGUACGGGAUGCGUUCCGCAGGAUCGAAGGGGGAAGUCGCAUUAAAAUGUUCAAGACUCGUGGAAAGCGCUAUUUACGCCGAUAUAGAGGGACUACAAGAAAGCGCGGAAAUAUUUGGGAAGCUCUGCAAGGAAAUUCCGAUUCACGUUGUAUGGGGUGGUAUGCAGGAUUUCCCCUUGUUCCCCCAACAACUUAAGGCAGAUCUCCUCAACCCUAACUCAGGACGAACAGCGGCUUCUGUAACGAUUGUCCCAAAUGCGGGGCAUAUGGUCCCUCUCCAGCAACCUUUUAGCCUCGCAGACAUCGUGAGCAGGUUACUGGACCACAACCUGUCCGUUCCCUAUCGCAAGGCCAGAGCCAAACUGUAG